AUAGAAGCAAAUCGGUAUACUAAUGCUGUUAGCACCUAAGUACGACCUAAGGCACCUUACGCAUACCAUGUUACAUCCCUCCAAUCGGCUGGAUCGCGACCCCGCAUAGUUUAACAUCAACCCGCAGCUCUGAAGUAAAGCUCCUCCUUAUCCAAUUAUACCAAUAUCCAAUUAUUUAGCACGACUUCUCUAGAGGAUUGCAAUUCUAUGUUUUGCUACUGCCAAGAUACAAUACAAUUGAAUCUCCGAGGAGCACCGUUUCAUAAUGUCGGCCCCGAAUUCAUCAGUAUAUCCUCCGCAUUCCAACCCCUCCUCCGUCCCCGGGGCUCCGGCCAAUAUAUCGUCAACUCCAGCUCCGAAUAAUACGGCUGGGUCGUCUAAUGCCGUGAGCGCGCCACUCCUCUCGCCAUCUUCUCAUUCUACCGCGCCACGUCUGCGACCAUCUAACUCGGCCUCAGCAUCUCGGAGCACUACAACACCCCCUACAACUAUUACGGCAUCCUCCGCCACCGGAGCUCAGCCCCGCGUCACCAUGGAUCUGAACCCAGCUCUGCCGUCUCGCACAACACAGCUGCACAUUGACGAAGCACGUGCUGCCCUUGUAGCUUCCAUGUCGAACAUGCUAGACUCCGAACUGCAAUCGCGCGCCUCGCUACUCCAUUCAAAUGCCGCGGCAUUAACUAAGCAAGAGAAGGACGUAAUAAAAGGAACCGAGGCGCUACGGAAAGAAAACGACAAGCUCGAGAAACUCGCGCGCGACACGGAGCGCAAGAUCAAGGAGUUGGGCAACGUGCAAAAUUGGGCCGAAGUCUUAGAGAGGGAUUUUCUAAUCCUAGAGGAGACGGCACGCCUAGUCAAAAAUGGCAGCGGGAGCGAUAGCUGCAGUGAGUGUAGCCGAAGUAGUUGGUCAGGGAGCUACAGCGCUGAUGAUAGUAGGGCGGGGAGCCGCCGAGGAAGUGUGACGGGCGACGCUGAUGUCAAUGGUAAGAAACCCGAAGAAAUUGGAUUAAAUGGUCAUACCGCCACAGAUAGUGGUGUUAGAAGCGACGCCUUUUCUAGAAGGGGUGAUGUACAUGUCACCGUGGACAGGGAAGUCGCUGCGAGUAUUAGUGAAGCUAUGACUACGGCCCUACACGAGUCCCUGGACACUCUAUCGCUGGAUCCGGUCCCGUCCGACGCGCACGAGAGCUCGGUUAAAGGUAAGGAGCCAGCUACCGAGGGCAGUAGGACUGAGGUUGAGAAUUCGCCUAGCAAUGACCCCGAAACUGGACCCAGUGAGCUAUCCCUACCAUCUAGUAGGACACUAUCAGAAAGUCGAGAGAGGGAUGCAGCUAGGGAUAAGAGCCCGAGUUCCCGAACAGUAAUAUGAUAUCGGCGUAAACUCCCAACCUUUCUUUGGGGAAUUGGAAUGUGGGUACGAUACCGCAGUCGGGGCUUAAGGUCGAAUAGGAUCUUAUAGUUGAGAAAUAAAUAUACCACGGGUAAAUAUGGGUUACUUGAGGGAACAUGUCAUUCAAUGAGUUAGGGACUCUGAAGGGGACUCCGUCU